GGGGCGCGGCGGGCGUGGGGCGCGGGCUGCAAGGGUUAGCUUCCUGCAGAGCUUGUACACCAACAACUGGAUGUUUAUAUUUUUCAAGGGACAUCUCUGUUUUGACUUGCCGUCGCUACUAUCAACAUGUUCCAAACUUGCCAGGGGAAUGCCCUAAGCACCCCUGGCUAGUGGUGGUGCUAGGAGGCACUUCCUGUGGGUGUGCUGUGAAGGCCAAGCCGUGCCAGGCCCACCCGACGCCUGUCACAUACACACCUUAGCAGCAGCAGGUGGUGGGCAUAAUAUUCAAGCAACAUUAACGUCUUCAUCAGAGGGCGAAGUUAGAGUAUGAGUCACCUUGAGAGUGGAUCAGUGGUUUGGGUGCGGCUGGGUCAGGCCUGGUGGCCAGGUACCAUCACUACCAUUGCCAAAUGCCCACCAGAGUUUGUGCAAGCCAUUCGCAAGACUCCCAUUGCCAUUGUCAAGUUCUUUCAUGAAAAUGAAUAUCAGGAUGUGCACAAAGCAGAACACAUCUUUCCCUAUAACUGCGACCGCAAGGAGGAAUUCAUCAGAAAGGGACAGGCGGUAAACAAAAAUCAAAGUCAUGGGGAUGUGGACCUGCUGGCCAAGUUUGAGGCAGAUGUGGUGACUGCAGAGAAGUUGACUGGUGGGGACAUGGACAUCCUACGCACACUCGUGGAGGGGGCUGACACAUAUAAGGCCUUCCACACUACUCACUGCCCCCCCACCAGUCCCCGUCUUGACUCCAAUAAUAUGGUAAUAUCUGGCCAGCCUCUGCAGCCCUCUCUGGCCUCCCCCUGUCCUGCUGGUGUUGAGUUUGAGUCAAGACCCCAGGAGAAUUUGUGGCCAGAGAGUGUAGAGGCUCACACACGCUUAGGCUGUAACACUAGCAAGGUGAGAAACCCCCAGAAUUGCCAGGCGGCCAGUAGUGACCACCAAAUUGCUGUGCUGUCCAGAAAUUCACUCCCCCCUCUGGCAGGCAAUGCUGGCAGAGACACAGACCAGAUUCAUCCUCACUUAGGGGGAUCUGUACUUACUAAACACUCCAAUGAUACCAAAAGGGAAGAGGAGAGGUCUACCACACACCUGGAGGAGGUAGGCUCAACACAGAGUGUUCCUGUAUCUCUCAAAGAGCAGGUAACCCACAAUGACAUCAGCCUUGCCACCAGGGUCAUCCCAUCAGAAGCUAGGAGUGGGAAGUCACUAGAAGAAGAUGAAGAUGAGGAGGAAGAAGAGGAAGAGGAGGAGGAAGAUUCGUUGAAUAAUGAGUUGAAUUCUGAGUGCGAGAAGUUUGUUGAAUCAGUGGACGAGGAUUCUCUCAACCUAGAUUUAGAGAUGGAAGGUGAGGAGGAUGAGCCUGACCCCAGGCAACUGAUCUCAGAAGGGGAAGGGGAGGUUCUGGAGAGUGAUAGUGACAGUGAUUCUCUUUAUGAGGCUGAAGAUGAUGAUGAUGCCCUACUGGUACCAGAGCAAGACAAUUUGGCUGGGUCAGCUGAUGACAAUGAAGAUUCUCUCAUGCCAGACUUAGAGUUCUUAAGUGAAGAUGAAGAUGAGGAAGUGAGUGAAAAGGUUGACCAACACCACCCAUCUCAAUCUUGGGAGACUGAUGAAGAUGAUUCAGAGGAGGAAUUGUACCGCAACCUUCCCUCAACCUCUGCCACUGAUGAAGAGGAGAUUGGGUGGAUGCAAAGCAGUAUAAGAAAGCAGAAUAAAGAUCAUAAUGAAAUGCAGGCUACUGAUUCCACUUAUCAGAAAAGUGUUGCUGGUUCUGAAAGAAGCCAGAACAGACAUGAGGCAAAGAAAGAGGAGGCUUCAUUGGACAAGGUAUCUUUGUGCCAAGAAGAGAAAGAAGAAUCUUGCCCUGGUGAGAAAAUACAAGAUUUGGAACCAAUAAUGCAACAUAAUCAUACUUCCAGUCCAGUGAGAGACCAGAAUUCAGAGGAGGAAAAGAAUCCCAAGGAAGAGGAGGAUGAGUAUCUGUAUGAUCACCAGGAUCACCCUAAUCUUCAUACCUGCAACAGGACCAGCCAUUCUCAGGAAAUUAAAUCCUCAGAGGAAAACCUGCCUUGCCAAAAUUUCAAGGAAUCUGCCACCCUUGAUUUCUCAGAUUUAGAGAGACCCUCCACUUCUAAAUCUCCUGACAACUCUUUGACUUUUGAAGGAUUUGAUUGGGAAAAGACAAAGCAAGCUAGUGCUCGGCUCUUGAUGCUUUUGAAAGCAAGACAGUUCCAGCCACAACGUAAGACCCAAGGUGUGAAGGCUAAGACUGUAACCAAGAAAAGAGGAAGGCCAUCCCUCAAAGGACGCAUUGGUGAUCUUCAGGGAAAGAGAUCUAGUAAAGCAUCCCUUACUAGGAAGAGAAAUCAGUGGCACAUCUCUUCCACCACACCUUCAACUUCAGACUCAGAUGAAGAGAAAGAAGAGGAAGCAGAAAGUGGACAUCAAAAAUCCAUGAAAGGAAAGGGUGGCAGAGGAGGCACUGGGUUGAUGAAACAAAGAUAUAGUAGAGGCAGACCAAGCAACAAGAAACUGAGACACUCAUCACUGAGGAGAAAAACACUCCACAAACAGCACAACAGCAUGGAAAGAUCUAUAGAGAAGCGAAAAACCAGAAGCAGUGAUAAGGAGAAGGAGAAAGAGAUCAAGACAAUAAGAAACACUAGAGAUUCAUAUGAGAGGUAUGCCCACAGUCCAGAUAUAAGCAGCUACUCAGAAGCACAGCCCAGACAACCUAGAAGUUGGGAUGGGACGAAGGAGACAGAGAAUAGAGCAGAACAUAAUACCACUCCUGGAAAUCCACCAGCAAAGCGUCCUAGGAAAAGAAAACCGUCUGAAGUUGACAACUUGCUAAAAUGGGCAGUGGAGACUGGUCACACAGGAUCCAGAAAUAGGGGUUUGAGGGAGCGUUACAGUUCUCCCAGCAAUCCAGGUAUCACUAGCACCAGUACAACCAGCAACAAUAACAAUAAUAACAACAACAACAACAAUAACAACAACAACAACAACAACAACAACAAUGCCACCAGAAGGUCCAGACAAGAAACAAAGACUGCAAAUAGAACACAGAAAAAGAGAGGAAGAAAAAAGAAAGUUAGGAGAGAUAGUGAUGAGGAAAAUGAUGAAGAAUUAGAGAGACAGGCCCAUACGCACAGCUCCUCGGAGGACGCACUAGUCAACUCAGAGGAAGAAUUACCUGACAUGGGCAAGACAACAGUGAGCAAAAGUCGGCCUGGGUAUCCUUACAAGAGUGGGGACCUGGUAUGGGUGCAGCUGGAGAGCCACUGGUGGCCUGCCUAUGUGGACCAGGUGUACCCUCAGACCAGGAGAGUGUCAGUGUACAGGGUGGGCCUCAAGCAAGAAGCCAGCAUCAAGGUUGAGUUGGCCAGAGUCAAGUCCUUCCAGUAUGGGGAUGUGCCAGCAUUUGUGGACCGGAGUGAGAGUGGUUUCACAGAGGCCCUGCAGAUCAUUGAGUCUUUCUGUCUCUUGAGGAAUCAUGGCAACAAGAUCUCCUCACACAAAUUCUUCACCAUGCCUCCAGAAGAACAAGAUGCCCUCAUCAUAGUGAGCUUCACCCCAAAGGAUGACCCUGCAUUGACCUCGCCUCCUGGAAAGAGGACAAGGGGCCAAACUAGGCAGGAGCAGCAGCCCUUGUCCCACAAGGGAUGGUAUUAUGAAUCUCUUAAUUCAGACAGCGAUGAUGCAAUCGGGGAACAGGGAGAGGACAAGUACAUGUCUGCCCGGGAUCGUAGAAGGAUGCAAAAGGCCCUGAGAUCUCGACGGAGAGAAAAUGAAAAACUGAUUAAAUACAUGAAGUCAGCAGCAUGCAUGGAACACCUGUGGCAGAUCUUCAGUGGACAAAAGCAGUGUGAACGCCACAAAUUGUAUCAGAGUGAGGCCACUCGUCGCUCUUUAUUGUGGUCUGGGAUUGGGCCAUUCCAGCUAGACCAAGAUGAUGAUCAGAUUCUCUCAGUUGUGGACUUCCUGCACACUGAAAUAAACAAGAAGCAGCCAGACUUCAACUUGGCGCAAGACUACGUAUUCAAGGUGUGGAUGCCUGAGGCUAUUAAGGAGGCUCUGAGGAUGGUGUUCAAGGUGCCAGAAGACAUGCUGGAGCUGGCCCUGGAUGAAGGAUACCGGGAGAGCCUCACUGACAGGAAGACUCGACGUCUUGACUUUGUAUAGUGGUUGUAAUGAGGACAGCCUGCAGUACUCAGCAAGCUUGCCUUCCACCAAACCAACUCACACAGGACAGCUGAUAUUUCUGGAUUGUACAUAAUGACUCAUAGAUUUUUUUUUUUUUAUUGGUGUGUGGGCAGUUUAGAUCAAUCACACCCAUCCCUUACUUUUUUUUAUCUGUAACCCAUGAUUUCCUUUAUCUUUACUAUUUCUAUGACUACCACCACCACUGCCACUGCUGCCACCUCUACACCUGCUACUAUUGUUACAAUCAAUGUCCAUGCAUAGCAGAAAUAUUAAGGAUCAUUAAAGUUUUAUAUAGUUCAGCCAGUUUGGCAAUGUUGAAAGUAGAAAAUAAUAUUGUAUUAGAUUUCAUAAUAAUUUCUAUUGAAAGUAAGAGUUACAGAAAAUGCAGUGGCAAAACAUGUAUAUACAUAAAAUGUAGAUUAUGCAAAUAUUGAAGGAAGGAUCACAUUGCCCAGGAUUGUAAAAAUUCAAAUUAUUAGUAGUAUUAUCUGUAAAUUGAUC